AUGUCGUUUUCUUUUGGUCAACCUGCGUCGUCGUCAAACACGCCAUCUUUUGGUACAUCAGGAUUGUUUGGUCAACAAAAACAAAAUGCUCCUACAUCAAACUUUGGGUCGGGAUCGCUGUUUGGAGGAGCGAAUCCAGGUUCCAAUCCUUCCAGUACUAGUCCUGCAGGAGGAUUAGCAGGUUCUUCAUUAUUUGGUCAACCACAGCAGCAACCUGGUGGUAUCGGCGGUCCUUCUACAUUUGGAUCACAGCCUUCAACUGGAUUUGGUGCUACCACAACCGCAGCACCCCCUUCUUCUAAUACUCCUGCGGAUGCCGGUGCAUCCUCAACUCAACCUCUUUUCUCUUGGAGUACAAAUCCUACCACAGCAAAGUCUUCCGAUAUGGGCAUGUCAUCUGCGAAUCCAAAUGGGUUUUUGUUAUCCUCCACCAUGUCUCCGAAUGCGGCAGUCAGUAAUGCUCAGUAUGGCCCUGCCCAACCCCCUUCCAUCGAAGAACAAACACAAAAAAUUCUGAAUGCUUGGAAUUUGAAGCAUCCUGAUAGCGCGUUCCAAAGGUAUUUUUAUAACAAAGUUCCGGUUGAACAAGCGGCCCUAUAUGUUAAACCGCCUACUCACAACCAGCAAAAAUGGGACGAAGCUGUUGCAAAUAGACCUAGUAACAGCGUUGUGCCAGUGCUUGCUGUUGGAUUUCCUGAUGUACAAAAAAGAAUGAAUAUGCAAAUUAAUCAGGUCAAUGCUUAUCGCAUUCGUAUGCGAGAAAUUGUCGAAACACUUGAACGAUUAGGCAACAAACACGACCUUAGCUCCAAUAUAAAACUUACAGAAGCAAAGAAUCGCCAUAUACAACUUUCAGAGCGUGUUCUUCGCCUAGCUAUCAAAGUGCAUGUCUUGAGACAUCGUGGUUAUGCUUUGAAAUCUAAUGAAGAGGAUUUGAGGAAACAACUCGACGAGCUUGCUAAAUCUCUCAGCAAUCCCGAAGUGUUUGGCCGUUUGAACGAAAUUUGGGCACGAAUUACUUUGAUUUUUGAGGGAGAGAAGGUUUCAGAUGAACAACGGAAUUCCCUCGCAAAAGGCACAAUUGAUUGGACCAAAAACAAUGAUCAAUUACAAACCAUCACAGAUGUUUUACGCGAUCAUCAAAAUGGUUUAUCAUAUGUAGCCAAGCUAAUUCAAGAGGAUCUGGGUACAUUGAGCAAACAACUAGAUGAACAAACUAGUGUGUCAAAGUAA